UUCGAUAUAAAUCGAUUCGGGAUAAGCCGGGCAUGACAGCGAUAUUGUCAUGUGUGUAUUUCUCGAAGAAGUGCGAAAUAUUUUUAUAUACAAAGUAUAUAAUAUAAAGUACUGUAAAUAGUUAUGGUUUUAAGUGAUUAAUUUUUGAUGUAAUAUGUAUAACGUAAGUUAUAAUCGAUAACAAGAUACAUACCUCGCAGGUUAUGUUUCUAUGCUUGGUUUAUGUGCUUCUGUCCGGAUUAUUUCUUUGAUAACGAUAUUUUCUGUCAAUUUAAUUAUUUUUUUUUUGUGAUACUUCAUCGUUCCAUAAAAAAUCUGUAAAACCUUCAAUUUAUUAUUUAAUAACAAUUUGUACAAUACUAAUAAUAGUGAAAAGUUGCAUUCUUAACCUCACGAAAUGUCCGACGACGAGGACCUGGUUUACGUGAAGAAACAGAAAACUGUUCAUUAUGGCUCGCUGGAGGAGGCUGAACGUGCACGACUCGCAGCUUUGCAAAUUGCUGUCGAAACUACAGACGAAGAGAAGGAUAUUACAAAUGCGAAUGAUAUCACCAAUGCUUCCAAUUCGGCCGGCAAUGUGCACAUUUCAAAUGAGUAUAUGGAACUCGAGGAUGAAAUGUCAAAAGAUCGCCAGGCACUGUUGGAAGAAUUCGAACGUAGGAAAAAAGCUAGACAGAUCAACGUUUCCACAGAUGAUUCCGAAGUAAAGAAAUACUUGAGACAAUUGGGUGAACCAAUUUGUCUCUUUGGCGAAGGCCCUGCGGACAGGAGAACAAGAUUGAGAGAAUUGUUAGCUAGUGUAGGUGAGGAUGCCAUCAAAAAGAAGCACGAAGAAGAAGAGAAACCAAUUCAUACAAUUGAAAAGGAUACAGAGACAACUUGGUAUCACGAGGGCCCAGAAUCUUUGCGAAUUGCACGAUCAUGGAUAGCAUCGUAUUCAUUGCCCAGAGCAAAGGCACGAUUAAACGAGGCGAGACAAGAUCUAGAAUUACCAACUGCAACUCGUACAGCGAAAAGACAAGAACUUUUGAAGAAGCUGCAGGCAUUAAGUAUUUAUUGCUCUCAAAUCGGGGACACGAGGCCGAUUUCCUUCUGUCAGUUCAGUCCUAACUCAAAGAUUCUUGCUACGGCAUCAUGGUCAGGCUUGUGCAAGUUAUGGUCUGUACCUGACUGUACUUUGUUGCGCACUUUAAAAGGACAUACUUGUAAUGUUGGCUGUAUUGUUUUUCAUCCCAAAGCUACGAUAACCGAAGAUGUGAUAGGUGAUAAUGCAGGACAGACUUGUGUGCUGGCAUCUUGUGCAUCGGAUGGUACUGUGAAACUGUGGAGUGGCGGCAAUGGCGAAGAACCACUUGCGGAAGUAGAAGGACACGAACCUCAUAGGGUUUCCAAGAUAGCUUUUCAUCCGUCUGGACGAUUUCUUGGCACCUGUUGCUACGAUGCAUCUUGGCGACUGUGGGAUUUAGAACAGCAAGUAGAGGUACUUCAUCAAGAAGGUCACUCUAGAGCUGUACAUUGUAUUAGCUUUCAAUGUGACGGAAGCGUUUGCGCUACAGGCAGUCACGAUUCUUUCGGCAGAGUAUGGGACUUGCGCACUGGUAGAUGCAUUAUGUUUAUGGAGGGUCAUCUAACAUCCAUCUUCGGCGUCGAUUUUUCGUCGAAUGGUUUCCAUAUAGCGACGGCGAGCGAGGAUAAUACUUGUAAAAUAUGGGAUUUGCGAAAGAGGACCUGUAUAUACACGAUACCGGCGCAUACCAAUUUGCUGUCAGACGUGAAAUACCAGAGAACAGAAGGACAAUAUUUAGUUACCGCAUCUUAUGACAAUACAGCCAAAAUUUGGUCCAAUAAAACAUGGCAGCCGCUCAAAGUGUUACCAGGUCACGACGGAAAAGUCAUGUCCGUCGAUGUGUCUCCCGAUCACAAAUUUAUCGUGACCAGUUCAUACGAUAGAACUUUUAAAUUGUGGGCUCCAGAAUAAAUCGACUGAAAGAAUAUUCCUUCUAAGAUUAUUAUCAAGUAUAUAUUAUAAAAAUCUAUCUUCUGCGUUUUUUAUUUAUAUAAUGUAA